AGGGAUCCAAUUGCAUGAAGAUUGGUGUUCGGAAACCGGCAGCGAGCACCUUCUUAUUCUGUUCAUGAUAUAUCCCCUUCCACAUCCUCCCAUCCUGAGAAGAAGGUUGACCUCUGAGCCCUUCCACUUCAUCACCAACCAUCCCAUCCACUCGUUUCUUCCACCUCAUUCAGUCACCCAAAGCACACGCAGUUGUCAGUGACACAUCACACUACAACCUCCACAAUGGCCGUCUCCGUCCAAUCCCCCACCCGCGCCCGCACCACCGGUCACCGCACCAGGAAAUCCACCUCCUCCGUCUCCGUUGCCCCCGUCUCAGGGCCUCAACCCAUCGACUCAUCCAUCAUCCACCAACCCAACGACCUCUCCUCGGUGCCCUCCCUCCUCUCCACCAUCCUCACCCAAGGCAUCGCGGCCGUCUCGUCCCCCUCCGACGACGCCACCCGGCUCGCCCUCCUCUCCUCCGCCCGCGCCUUGGUGCUGGCCCUCGAGAAGCCGCGCGAGACCAUGAUCCGCCAGUGCUGGGCUGACACGACUUGCUUCGCUGCCUUGUCCAUCGGCGUGGACACGGGCGUGUGGGCGUACCUGGGACAGGACGAUCGUCCCAAGACGGUGAGAGAGAUUGCGAAGCACACGGGCUUUGAGGAGGCGUAUUUGGGACGGUUGUUGAUGCAUGUAGCUGCCAUGGGACAUAUUGUGGAGGUCGGGAAGGAUGAGUAUAAGCCGACGAACUUUUGUAAGGCGUUGGGAAUUGAUAGGUUGGGUGUCGCCUAUCCUUUGUUCACCGGACCAGGUAACACCGGCGGUGUCUUCCGCUGCAUCGCCUCCUUCCCCUCCUACCUCAAAUCCACCAACCUCACCACCCCGACCUCCAUCACCAACAGCAACACCCAGUUCGCCUUCAACACCACCAAGAACUUCUUCGAGCUGUGCCACGACCCGGCCUACGCGCCCAUGGGCGCCCAGUUCAACACGCACAUGGGGUCGUACGCGUUCGGCCGGCCCACGUGGGUGGACGAGGACUUUUACCCCGUUGAGGAGCACCUGCUUGAGGGCUUCGAUGGUGAAGAUGAGACAGCGGUGUUGUUGGUGGAUAUUGGUGGUAGUAUCGGUCAUGAUUUGCAGAAAUUUAGGGAUGUGUUCCCGGAGGCGAAGGGAAGACUAGUGCUGCAGGAUUUGGAGCCGGUGGUUGCGCAGGUAAAGGAGGGCGAGUUGGCUGAGAGUAUUGAGAGGAUGGCGUAUGACUUUUUGACGGAGCAGCCGGUUAAGGGAGCCCGCGCGUACUACAUGCACUCGGUCCUGCACGACUGGCCGGAUAAGCAGUGCAUUCCCAUCCUGGAGAACGUCAAGGCGGCCAUGAAGCCGGGGUACUCGCGCUUGUUGAUCAACGAGAACGUCAUCCCUGACGUGGGCGCGAACUGGGAGAGCACUUCCUUGGAUGUCAUGAUGUCGUGCUUGGUGUCGGCGAAGGAGAGGACAAAGGAUGAAUGGGUGCAGUUGUUGGAGCGCGAUGCUGGGCUCAAGAUCACCGGCUUUUACCCGGUUGGGAAUGGUGUGGAGAGCAUCAUUGAGUGUGAGUUGCCAACAGAGGAGAGUGAGCUGCCGAAGGAGGAGAGUGAGUCGUCGACGGAGGAGUGUACCUGCGGUGCACCUGUUAUAACCGUAGCAGGCGUGCUUUGACAUCCGCCGUUGUUUGGCCCACUUGACCCACCAAGACCGUCGGGUGCCGUGUCCGAUUCCGGUCUCCACGUACGGAAUUGUGGGGCCGAUCGCCCGGCGAUUA